AUGAGGUUUGUCCAAUAUAUUCCGACUGGAAUUCCAAACGAAGAUGGUGAGUUCCCGGGAAGGAACUAUACAGUUGGAAAAGUCAUACAACAACUGUAUGAUAUUAGGAAAGCUUCAAACCCCAAACUUGCAACGACACUCAAAUUGCUUAUGAAUUCGACAUGGGGAUAUUCCAUUAAGAAACCUCAAGAGAUGAAGAGUAAACAUUAUGAGAAGGUCAACAACUUUGUUGAAAGGUUUUCUCCUUUUGUUUUGAAGUACGAAUUCACUCAAGGUCAAAGUGGCUUAGUAACCACAUUAAAACCUAUUGUCGAACAUUGGUCUUACCCUCAGUUCGCAAAGGCAGUCCUUGACAACUACAACAAAUUCUUCUCCGAAGUCAAAUCCAAAGUGAAGGUUUACUAUGAGAACAUUGACGCACUCAUGACGAACGAAGAAGGCUAUAACAAACUCAUCGAAAUGGGUAUGGUCGGUGAAAAGAUGGGCUGUUUUAAGCUAGAUAAGGUAUUUUCCGAAGUUCAUGUCCUCUCCAAGCGUAAGUACUGGGGCAUACUUGAAGACGGCACAGAAAUAAAACAUUGCAUGAAGUAA